CAAAAAUAAAAAUAUUCUUAUUCUUGAAGAUGAGCAACAACAAAAUAUUUAGCACUUAGCUUUCCUUUAUACCCUUAACUCAUAAAGCUUAAGUGACGUUUCAUGCUUACAUGAUCUAAAACAUGAAAGAUCUGUACUUUCAUUAAUUUCAAAUAACAACCUGCUAAAUGGAACAGGUCCCAAACGUUGUUAGAAAUUGAAACUUUAUCGAAAUCAUGUAUUUGUCUAAAUGUUAAGGACAAAAUAUAAAAUGGCGGAUUGGAAUUAGCCAAGGCGCCAAAAUGUGUGCUUCAAGAAAGAUGCAUAAACAAUGAAAAUUAUUUGGAAUGUUUUUCUUCUCUGGAUAUUAUUUUGUAACAGUCUGGCAAACAACGAUUUCAAUACAGAGGAAAGCGACUUUUAUGAAUCGCUAACAGCCAAUGACAUCCCGCAAACAUCUUCAAGUGAAGAUGAAAAAAGAGAGUCAAAAAGAGAAAAUUACGGACAGAUUUACAAAAAUGAAGUGAAAAUUCUCGGGCAUAUAGACAACGUAGCUCGAAAAAAUGGUAUCACUGAAAAAUAUAUCGAUCCUACUUAUCACGCUGGUGUUUCCAAGCGAUCAAAUGAUGAUCAAACUUCCGGUAAAAAUGAUGAGAUCAAAGAAAAUGAUUUAUUAGAGAACAUGAAACCUUUAGACAAAGAAAGGAAAAUAUCUCUCCCGAACGCUGAGAGUGAUUCUGACAUUGGAACUGGGAUUGAAGUUGAGUCAGAAGAAAAACUAAAUGAUAAAGACAACGAUGAGCUUCAAACCACAUCACAGUCUGGUAGAGAUAAAAUCACAUCGUCAAGUUCAAUAAAGAUCAGUGGAGAAAUCUCAGUCACAUGGCCAUCUGGAACAUACGGGCUUCCCAUGACGAAAUCAGGUUGCCCAGAAUCAUCGGGCUUUCGUUGGAAGACUGGUGCGAGGUUUUAUGACACUGAGGAUGAUGAAAAUGAAAAUUUUAAAUCAAGCUUCUAUAACCUCGCUGGUAACGUCAAUGAAGAUGGAGUUACAUUGCAAUUUUGUUUAAAAACAGACAGCGUCGGAGAAAAAAGAUGGCCUCCCGGAAAAUAUUGCGUUUAUAAAAAAGGUGGCGAUUGUCCCCUAGGUUUACUUCAUGGAACGGUUUACUGGGACGAUGAGAAUAAUGAUAACAAAAACUACUAUCAAGGUGAACUACCAGAUGGUAUCUACACAGAGAAAACAAAAAUUUCAUUUUGUUGCAGUACGAAUGGCACAACUGCGUCAGAAAUAAUUCUACCAACAUCACAACCGUUUUACCUUUUCCCUUUUGGUACAAGAACUUGUCAAAAGGUGAAAAAUACAAAAAGUAGCCUUGAGUUUGUGAAAUUUGACGAAGAAGACAAAGGAGGAAUCGUCACUUCAGCCAGAGGUUAUUAUCCAUACGGUAUUAGACCUCAAGAAAAAGAUCAUAUUAUUUACUUGUGCUACUACGAAGAAGAAGGAAAUGAGAAUGACGCAUCCUUUGGGCCUGAUAGAUCAAAGAAUCGAUCAAAGAAUCGAUCAAAGAAUCCGUUUCAUGGAUUCAUUCCAACACAUGAAGACAAUGAAACAGGAAUAGCCAAGGAACAAGUGUCCAAAUUGACAGUAAAGAAGUCUAUCGAGCUAAAGACAUCAACCUUUCAUGCAAUCAUUAUUGCCAGCGGUUUUGUUGUUCUAACCGUUGCUAUUUUGGUUGGUGCAUUACUCGUGAUAUCAUACUUCACCAAAAGAUGGUCGACAACCAUGCAACAUACACAACGCAAGAUCUCACGGGAAAACGCAAAAAAUGAUGAUAACGAAACGAACUGUCACAAAACCGAACUUACUGCUGCUGAGAAAUUUUGGAUGAAAAGCAGCAAAAUGACGUGUGGUAAAAGAGAAGAAGAAUUGCACAAAAUUAAAUCCACUAACUGCACACUUCAAUCUCCCGAAACGGACACAGAGCACGAAGAACUUGUAGAGGAUGGAUUUUUUCCCGAGGAUUCACAACUGAAGUCUGGACUCGAGUUUCUAUUCUUGAAACAUUACAAAAAGAAAUGGAUUCCAAGAAAAACAGGAAAAUGUGGAGAAUGGGAGCAUUGCUAUCAAAGUUCCAUCAAGUAUAACGUUGUUUUUCGUGAAGGGCAUCACGCAGGAAGAUUUCAAAAAGAGUCGGACAUCAACGAGAUGAGGGCAUGUAUAAGGAAAUGUUGCCAAACACAAGAUUGUGAUGUUGCAUUUGUGUCACGUAACAAAUGUUACCUUGUAAGUUGUUACACAAUUAAAAGUUGUGCUACAAAUCAUCUCAAGAGACCCAAGUAUGAAACGAUGAUGUCUUUUGUCGCACCAUCAAGGAGAAACAGACCAAAGUUUGCAGAUGACAGUGCACAACCAUUUUUUUACAUUGCUAAAUCACAUGAAAUGAACCACACAAUGAUAUUAAAUGCACCAAAACAACGCGAUAGGAUAGCCAACUUUCAGUUUCAGGAAAGGGUUGAAAAUCACUUAUUCAGUCGGCGUUCUGAAAUUAUCGAUAUUAUUCUAGCUGCGGGAGCUUCCAUUGUGGCUAUAACAGCAGCUGUUAUUACGUUGAUUACAAUGAUGAAGAAACUUACGGAUCGUAGCGAAAAAUUGCAUACAUUUAAAAGCGAGGAAGAACAUUUGUACAUCAAUUGUUGUCCGAGGUCAAGAUGUACGAAGUUUGAUCUCCAAAGAAUAAGCUUUGAUUUAGUAACAGAUUUGCAAUUAAACAUGUUAACACCAAUAUAUCUUUUAAUUUUAUCAAUUUGGACGAACCUUUGCUUUGAUGAGUCAGUGGCUCAAGUAUUUCAAUAUUUUCUUGUGGAUAACAACAAGCAAACAGCGUCCGUUUUGGAUACAAUAAAACUGCCAACAUGUACUCACAUAGAUUUAAAACACAACGUCACUCUUAGAGGAGGGAUUAAUUCAGGAAAUUUUACGAAGCUAGGCGAAGUUGCAGACAUGCAAACAUGUAUAGACGCGUGCUGUCAGGAUUUAAAAUGUGACGUUGCCUUCAUGGUAGAGUAUACUUGUUACAGUAUAAAGUGUUUUAAUGACAGUCUAUGUCAAACAGUGCCUGCAAAGCUGAAGAGAAGAAAGAAAAACGUUCAAAUUUCUCACAUUGUUCGAGGUGGAGGCACUGGCGAUAAUUUAGAAACGUUCAGUGAGCAGCAAGGAAUUGAGAAAUAUGUUUUAAAAGACAAGAGAACAAAAGUCUGCACUCCAAGCAAAAGAUUGUACAAUUCGUCGUUGAGUGGUGGAAAAUACGCGGGAAAGAUGGUUCGGCUAAAUGUGUCAAAUAUCUAUGAAUGUGUAGAGAAAUGUUGCAGUCGUGUUCAAUGCGACUUGAUCUCUUGGAGGAAAAAUCAAUGCUACGUUGUAUCAUGUUAUUCUGAUGAGCUUUGCAAGAGCAGUGCCAGUGAAAACAACGAUAGAGAUAUACUUAUAUAUAUAAACAAGAGACAACACAAGCGACAGAAACAUAAAGGUACCUGUUCUAAAGCGUGCUCCAAUGGUUUGUGUGUAAACGAUGAAACAUGUGCGUGUGACGUUGGAUUCCAGGGGGAGAUGUGCACCAAACAUAGCACUAAAGGAUUUUGUGGAGAGAAGGAUUGUGGUAGGAACGGUCGUUGUCAUGUGAAUGACACGUGCGUAUGUAAAAAGGGAUACUUUGGAUAUUUAUGUGAAAAGACAUUACAAUGUAAGCCGAAGUGUGAACACGGUGUGUGUCUGGAUAACUCUACACAACAUUACAAAUGUCGUUGUGAUAUUGGAUGGGAAGGAAAGCAUUGUGACAUUGCAAAUGGAGACGUGCUUGUGGCUUCAGAAGACGGAGAAGAAGUUCUUUUUACUAAACUAAAAGACAAAGAUAAGGAUUUGAGGCAGCCAGAUGAUGGACCCAAUGAAUCAAUAUCCUCCGUAGGAGUGGCAUUAGGAUGUGCGCUUGCUACUACGAUACUAGGGACAGCGGCAAUCAUAUUUGUGACUCGGCGUAUCCUCAGGAAUCGUUCAACGCAUCGUGACGCUUUAAGAAAUUAUCAAGUGUAUCCCAACCACCUCCAACACGAACCAUCACGUGAUGUCGAAGAAUCUAAAGCAUUUCAUGAAAUAAACCUUUCUAAAAAAUGAAACUUUCUUGGAAGGGGCAAGACAAUCAAAACACACGUGAUAUGCAACUUACUCUCACAAAUAUAACUAUUUUAUCUUCUA